GUUGUGGACAAGGAGAUGCCCCCAGACCCUGAGGGGCAGCCCUGCCGGUUCUCAAGAGGCAUUGCAACCAUCCGCCUCCACGAGAGUUUUGCUGAUUACGCAGCCUUUGGUAACUGCAGGGGUGGCUCACCAUUCCUGAAGCUCGUCGGUGCGAGGGGCCUGGGGGACCAGGACUUGGUGACUGCAGGGGCUGCGCACCUUGCGUAA